AUGAUGUGUCGUUGGUACCUGAAUAAUCUUCUACACCGGACCACAAGGGAUACCGUAAUUCGAGGGUUCCCAAUCAAGAAGGGAACCGGUGUGAUCGCUCAAAUCAGCGCGGUGAUGCUCGAUGAGAAUGUGUUCCUCGAUCCAUUCACCUUCAAUCCGGAUCGAUUCAUCGAGAAUGGCAAGCUGAAGCGAAUCGAUGAGCUCAUCCCAUUCUCGAUCGGAAAACGUCAAUGCCUCGGCGAGGGCCUCGCCCGAAUGGAGCUCUUUCUGUUCCUCGCAAACAUCUUCAAUCAAUUCAAGAUCUUCCCGUCUAGUCAAGGAAUCCCAAAUUUGGAUAAAAGCGCCGACGCUUCGGUGAAACCGCGCGUCUUCAAGGCCAUCGUUAAACGUCGGCACACAUAA